CUCAGGCAGCUGCAGGAGAAGGUGGAAGGGAGGCCGGACAGGCGUGCUCGAGGACACCCGUUCUCGAGGGAUAUCCUAGUUGCACCACUGCCUGCGAGUUUCUGGGAGAUAAGUUUGAUUUUUGAUGGGUCGAGCGACUCGUCGAGGCAUGUGAGAGACUUUGAAAACAUGUCCGUUUUGCACGGGUAUUCGAAUCCGGUCAGUUGCAGGGCUUUUCUGUCGACCUUACGAGGAGGCGCGCUCGACUGGUUCCACCAAUUAGCUCCCAGAUCGAUUAAAGACUUUGAGGAUUUCGCAGAACAACUUACUAAUCAAUAUUCAAGCGCGGUCGCCCAGGAGAAGACAUACCUCACUUUGAUGGCGAUGCGACAAGGCGAGAAAGAGUCCCUGCAGAAAUAUGUUGCUCGAUACAAUCAAAUGUGUUUGGAGGUGCCCACGGCGUGCGACGAGGUGAAGGCAGGAGGAUUGAUUAGGAGUCUGCGACCAGGAAUAUGUCGAACGUCACUGGCAAAGACGUCUGCUCGAACUUACGAUGAGGUGCUUAAGAGAUGCAAGAAGUACAUCAAUUUGGAAGAGACAGAGGCAGAGUUCGCUAAACUCGAAGAGGUGGCGAGGCCUGAUAAGCGGAAGGAAAAGCCGAAUUCACCCAGGAGAGGAUCACCUAGGAGAAACCCCCUAAAGAAUGGCUCAUCCAAGAGAGCGUCGCCCAGGAGGGAGGGACGAAACCCGUUUCACGGAGGGCGAGAGGACCGCUGGCAAGGGCGACCUCGGUUACCCAAUGGUCAACGAUAUAACACUUUCACUCCUAUUAACGCCCAAAUGGGCGAAGUCCUGGCGGCCAUCGAGGAGAAGCUGGAGAGUAAAGAGGUCACUAGGAGCAGAAUCGUCCUACAAUAUCAUAUUGGGACGGACGGGGUUGAACGCAUUUCAAGCAGUUGUGCUACAUACCACAUGACGAUCAAAUAUCCUGUGGGUGAAAAUGUGGGCGAGAUUGUUGGAGACCAGCUCACAUCGAGGAGUUAUUACCAAACCACUGUUAGCAAUAACAAGCAAAUGGCGAGGAAGCAAGCGAAAGGAGGGGAGCAACGGCCCGAUCGACCAGGAGGAUCGAGGUCGAAAGAGGAGAACGGACGUCAAGACAAGGGAAAGGAGAAAAUGGACAUGCAACCAGGGGGCGAGGUGGAGGAGGUCCAAAUGGUGGAAGGGAAGGAUGAUCGAAAAUUUAGAAUUGGGAGAGAGCUGGGAGAGUCAAUCAGGUCGAGGUUGGUAGACUUGAUAAGAGAGUUUGCGGAUAUUUUCGCAUAUACUGCGGAGGAAUUGACAGGGAUCGAGGCCAAGAUAAUCGAGCACCGGCUGAAUAUCGAUCUUAGUGUGAAGCCGGUAAAACAGAAGACGAGACAUCAUGGAGCGGAGAUGGACAAAAUUAUCGAACAGGAGGUCGAAAAGCUAUUGAACGCUGGGCACGUUAAGAAGAUUCAGCUCCCUGAGUGGCUAUCUAACACGGUAAUGGUAUCCAAAUCGGGAGGAAAGUGGAGGAUGUGUAUUGAUCUCCGUGAUCUAAAUAAGGCUUGCCCGAAGGAUCUAUACCCGUUGCCAAGGAUCGACCAGCUGGUGGACUCCACGGCGGGAUGCGAGUUGCUCAGCUUGAUGGACGCCUCACAAGAGUACCAUCAAAUCCCCUUGGCAAAGGAAGAUUGGAAGAGGGUGAGCUUCAUAACAAGCAGAGGCACCUAUUGUUAUGUGGUCAUGCCAUUUGGACUGAAGAAUGCCGGGGCCACUUACCAGAGGUUGGUCGACCAGAUUUUCAAGGACCAGUUGGGGAGGAAUAUGGAGGUAUAUGUCGAUGACAUGCUGGUAAAGAGCAAAAUGGAGGUGGACCACGUAAGCGACCUGAGAGAGACUUUCCCAACACUGAGAAGGUUCGGCAUGAAACUUAAUCCGGCUAAGUGCUCAUUUGGCGUAAAAGCAGGGAAGUUCUUGGGGUACAUGGUGACAAAGCGGGGAAUAGAGGUGAAUCCCGAGAAGGUGAGAGCUAUGAUCGAGAUGAUGCCACCAGCCAGUGUGAAGGAGGUCCAAAUUCUAACUGGUCGAAUAGCGGGGCUGAGCAGAUUCAUUUCCAAGGUAGCUGAGAAGAGCAGUCCUCUGUUCAAAACCCUCAAGAAGAGCUCGAAGUUUCAGUGGACGGAGGAAGCCCAGAAGGCCUUCGAGGAGCUACAAGAA